UUCGAAUUUUGCGGGUCCCGUCGCCGUCCGUGUCCCCUUGUCCCAACGUUCCUCGCUCCAGAGAGUUUUCAAAUGCACGCGCGCUUGAUCCCCAAAUCUACCGUACCAGACCUGGACGAGCGCCGCCACCUGCUCUCGCUGGGCGCGGCGACCGGCCGACGACCGCUGCACGUCUCGAUCCAGGGCUUCGUCAUCUGCUCCCACUGGACCUUGCGUCCGCCGGCGGCUGCACCUCAGAGGUCGGCUUUGGUCUGCCAGCGCCAUCCUGCGUCACGAUGGACCCAACGAAUCAGCGGUCCUCAGGAGCAGGGCGCCGCAGCUCCGUCGCGGCUACCAUGGGACGUGGUGGUGCAUGCGUCCAUGGUCAGCAGCAUGUGCCGGCACCUACGUCACUCCGUUCGCCCUCUUUACCUGAGUUGCAACAAGCACAAUCUGCAAUGCCACCAAAUCCCUCAUGGAACUUUUAUCCACCAAAUGGUUUUCUGAAUCUCAUUAACCAACCGUACAUGCCAAUGUCGUCGCAACCACUUGGAGAGAAUUUCCACUUUGUUGGUCUCACCCAGAAUUUCAACACAUCUCCACCACCGCCACCAAGUGCUAAAAGGACUAAAAAAGCAUCCAGACUUGCUAAAGAAACUAUUCAGAUUGGUGGUGAUGGUGAUGCAGCAACUGAGGAAUCUAAGGCAGUCAAUAAAAGGUAUUGGGCACAUGACGAGGAAGUGAGGCUGGCUAGUUCUUGGUUGAACUGUUCUCAUGAUCCAAUACAUGGCAAUGACAAGAAAGGAGAAACUUUCUGGAAGGAAAUUGCAGAAUACUUUAACAAGCAUGCUCCAGCAGAUCGUCAAAGGGACGUCAAUCAAUUAAAGAUACACUGGACACGGUUGAAGACAGUGACCAACAAUUUCAAUGGGUGUUGGAGCGCAGUAUCAAAAAUGCAUACAAGUGGGUACUCUGAUGAUCAGUUAAUGGAUGAGGCACAAAAGAUGUAUGCAAAUGGUAGUAACGGCAAACCUUUCACGUUAGUUCAUUGGUGGAAAGCUCUCAGAAAUGAACCUAAAUUUUGUGCACAAAUCUCACAGAUGAUUAAGGAAAAAGGUCAGAGCCAUACCAUUGACAUCACUAAAGACAAAGAUCAGCUUCCCUUACAACGUCCUAUAGGAAGAGAUGCAGCCAAGGCUCAAAGGAAUGGUAAGCGCAAGGCAGAAGAGGUUUUGGAUGGUAUUGCUCGCCUUGGUGAUAGCAUAAACAAAAUUAUUGAAGUGCAACAUGACCGUAAGCAAGAGCGUAAAAAGGUGGCUGAAACUCAACUAGAAAUCUCAAGGUUACAACUCAAAGCUGCACAGGAGCAGAAGGAGGUAAAAUUGCUUGAAGUAUAUAGCUCACUACUGCAGCAAGACACUAGCCAAUUAUCUAAUCAAGGAAAGAUAAACCGAGAGAAGGCAUUGCAAAAGAUGGAGCUGAAAUUAUUUGGUGAUAGUGAAAAUAUGAUGUGAGCUGAAUUAUUUGGUGACAUUCAAGGGUGAAGUCAAGGGUGAACUGAAAGGAAAAUAUGAUGUGAAUUGAAAUGAAAGUGUUCAUUUUCUGAGUUUGCAUUCAAAUCUAUUUGUGUGUCCUGUAUGAACUGAAAUGAAAGUGUCCAUUUUUAUUUAUAUAUGGCAGCACAUUUAUCUCAA